UCGCCAUAUCUUUACUUAUAAAUUAUACAUGUAUGUAUUUUUUAAACUUAUUUAUAAUUUAUGUAAUAAAUUGUUGUGUAUAUGUUACAAAUUCUUGGAUAUUUAAAAAUUGCGUUGGAAGGAAAGUGAUGUACGUGUAUAUAAUUUCUGUUAACUUUAAAUUCGGUGGUGACUAAGGACCACGGCAUUUAUGAUUAAGCCACAUUGAAUUUACCUGAGCCCAUUUCAGCCACCACAUCAUUCCUUGGCAGGUUGUCAAGCAGUUUCCUUACUUUCACUUUCGCAAGGAACUUAAAAAUUCUGUACAUGCUAGAGCAGAGGAACAGUUUGAAUGACAGAAUAAAGGAUUUCAUGAUCAUUAACAACGAAAGUGACCUGCACGGUCCGGGAACCGAACCCGGGUCACCCGAUUCACAGCCCAACAUAUUAUACUUAUUGAGCUAUUCGGGCGGCAUUUAACUUACCAGAAGAUAAAUUCUGUAUCCGCUUGCAAUGGAAUUCUUCAGAAAACUUAUUGGCAAGAAAUUACAACGAAGGGUUAUUUGUCUUCAGCGAUUGGCCAAUGCAAUAAAAAGUGAGUGUCUAUAUUCACGUAUGGAUGCGUUAAAGGAACAGAAUCCAGAUGCUAAGCUCAUCACGGGUAACAGAGAGGUAAGACUGAACAACGAGAAUCUCAAACGACUAACAGAGGAUCAUCUGUAUCAUAUUGCCCUUAGCAACGUUCAACAUGAUCUCAGGCAACUGUUCGGCGAUGUCAAGUUCGUAUGUUUUGGGGGUCAAUCAUCUCGUAUGGAAAAAUUCGCCAGUUUUAUUUCAAAAGAGCUUGGUCUAGAAGAUAACGGACCGCCGAAGAAUUACGCAGGAAACACGGAUCGCUAUGCCGUAUACAAGGCCGGGCCUGUACUAUCUGUUAGCGUAAGUCACGUGAUUUUCACGUGAUUAAGUCUUGUGAAA